UCCUCUGCAGAGGAUAAAACAGCAACGCUUGAGCAGCUGUCAAACACAGUCCAGAUUGUUUAGGGUCAGGAACAGGAGACAUAAAAAAGCUAUAAUAAUGCAUUCCCUGUCACUACAGGUUUUUGCUUGUCUGUGUGCCCUGUUACCUUUGACAACCAGCAGUCCCAUCGACAAUCGUGCAGACGCAACUGAAGACAAGAGCAGGUAUGUGGCGGAAGACGAUUUUCAAGAAGAAGAUUCCGUUGAUUUUAACACACUUUUGGCAAGCAUGAAAGGAGAGUUCCUAAAAAGUCUGAAUUUGUCGGGAAGCCGAACAAUCGAUGCAGCGAAAGUGGAACCACCUGAGUACAUGAUUGAACUCUACAACAGGUUCGCAAAUGACAGAACCUCCAUGCCCUCCUCCAAUAUAGUAAGGAGCUUCAAGAAUGAAGACACUUCAGUCUCCAAUCAAACUGAUGGUGUGAGGAUCCACUCUCUCCUUUUCAAUAUGUCUGUACCUCGUCAUGAAGAAAUCACCAUGGCUGAACUACGAUUGUAUACCUUGGUAGAUCGAGACAGAAGGAUAUAUGAAGGAGUGGACAGGAAAGUCACCAUCUAUGAAGUAGGUGAGGAAGAAGUUGAAGGAGAUACCGAAGAAGAACAUCCAAGACAAGGCAAGCUACAAUUAGCAAAAAGACAAAUUUACGGCAGAGACAGCGGAUGGGAGACCUUUGAUGUGACAGAAGCUAUCUUGAGAUGGUCAAAAUCUGAGAAGACCACCCACAGACUUGAAGUGCAUAUUGAAAACGUGGAAGAAGAAACACAGGAAGAUGGAGAUCUUGAUAUUGACAUGAAACCAGAGACUAAGCAUGUGCCUUUGCUAAUUGUGUUCUCCGAUGACAGAAACAGCAUUAUGAAGGAGGCCAUUGAAGAACUGGAGCAGAUGAUUGACCAUGAGCAAGAUGUGGUAUUCCAGAGUUUGGAGGCUGGAAAUUUUGGCACCAACUUAAAUGAAGAAGCCUUGUUGCAAAGACGAUCAAACAUGCUCUAUGAUACCUCCUCAAGGAUCAGAAGGAAUGCCAAGGGGAAUUACUGCAAAAGGAGUCCCCUCUAUGUGGAAUUUAAAGAAAUCGGUUGGGAUUCCUGGAUCAUAGCCCCAACAGGUUAUGAAGCUUACGAGUGUAAAGGCUCUUGCUACUACCCAUUGACUGAGCACGUCACACCAACAAAGCAUGCCAUUGUUCAGACUCUGGUGAAUCUCCGCAACCCUAAAAUGGCAGCUAAAGCCUCUUGCGUUCCUACUAAAUUGGACCCCAUCUCCAUCCUCUAUCUAGAUGAUGCAGGUGUGGUCACAUACAAGUUCAACUAUGAAGGUAUGGUUGUGGCAGAAUGUGGCUGCAGAUAGUACAGAAGAGCGAUCAGAAAAUAACUCUAAUAUAUAUCAAUUUCAAAGUAUUUAAAGAAUAUGAUUGUAAAUGUGUACAUCUUGAGCUAACUAUUUAAGAAGUUUAUUUAAGGAUGUACAGAUGAGUUCUAGAUUUAUAAAGAGUGUUGUUACUGAAUUUUAAAAAAGUGUUUAUAAGGUCACAGAAGCUAUCUCCACUGAGAACAUUCUCCAGAGAAGUAUAGAGAACGUUACAAACACUACUGGUGAAUCAGUUAAUAAUAUAACUGAUGGACCAUUGAACAAGACUGCUUGACUCAUUGCCCAUGCUCCACAUUGGAGUUUCAACAUCCAAAUAUCAACAUAUUUUUUCAACCCACGUGAAGAUUUCUUUAUUAAAUAAAUUCUGAAAUGUCCUGGUUAAUUAAAUUUUAGCAGAAUUCUGUAUUAUAACAGCUUUUUCUUUUGGAUGUUAUCUCAUUGUUUCACCCAUCUAUCUCUUGGCAAUCUCACUACUGUUCCUACAUAUAUUACUGUUUUGAUAUUGUUUCAGUUUCUAGGUAUAAUGAAGGAUGAAGCAAGUUACUCUGCUGUAUUACAAAUGCCUAGAGACCAUAUUCAUUUGGAGGAAUGUGAAGCUGUAGCGGUAAUCUACCAUUGAUUGCAGCAGGGUAGCAGUGGAACUGUAAUGCUUGCCGCUGAAAUGCUGUACUUUCACACAUGAAUUCACAACUUUCAGGACUCUUUUCAUCUUCUAAGCUGUAAAUAUCCAAUAGCAAUAUUCACAGCUUAACACUCUGAAGAACUAACAUGAACUAUCAAAGCAACACUCAGAAAAUGCUGGAGGAUCUCAGCAGGUCAGGCAGUAUCUAUGGAGAUGAAUAAACAGUCACCCUCAGGCUAAGGAUCUUCUCUAGUCCAGAAGAAGGGUCUCAGCACGAAAUGGAGACUGUUUAUUAACUUCCACAGAUACUGCCUGACCUGCUGAAUUCCUCUAGCAUUUUUUGUGUGGUGCUUUGGAUUUCCAGCAUCUGCAGACUUUCUUGUGUUUAAAGAGUAUCAAAGAAUAACUUCUAUUUUUACAGAGCAAUUUUAAAAUGGAAAGAUAAUAGAAACUAGAAUUAAAUUGGAAAAUGCCAGAAAUGGUGGGGCAUCAACUGCUAUGGAACAUGAAAAUACAUUAUUUUGCAAAAAAAUUGCAGAUGCUGGACAUUCAAAAUUGUUUUAAAAAAUCUUGAAACUCUCAGCCAGUCAGAGGGUAUCUGUGGAAGCAGAACAGAUUUUAGGCUUCAGGUCUCACUCCUUUGUCAGAAAUGUGAGAGGAACAAGUGACAAUUUUCAAAUUAUAGAGAGUGUAGCUGGAGAGAUGAAUAGAACUAAAGAAAUAUCUAAGCAUGGAUUUCCUGUUGAAUUUAGAUUUCCAUUUUCAGCUUGAUGAUCUAGUUGACAAAAGGUUAUUGAUCUGAAAUGCUUAACCAUUUCUCUUAUCAUAUGCCGAGUAAUACCAGGAUUCGUGCACUGUUUCAAUGUCAGUUUAACAGAAAUAUCCCAUGAUAUGAGGUAACAAUUACUACCAAGAAUGCAUUCAGAUAGGAGACUAAAAGUUUGGUGAAGAAGGUGUUGAGGAAUGUCUCAAAGGAGUAAAGAGAAAGAGAGAAGGACGGAGGAAUUUGUGGAAAAUAAUUCCAAUACUUGGGCCCCUUUGACUGAGGGUCUCAUUGCUAACGGUGAAAUGAAGGCUUGCAUUUAAAGUCAGAGAAAAUAAAGUUCCCUUGCAGUUAUAGGUCUUGGAGUGAUUAGAAUGAAAUGGAGGAAUGUGGAGACAGGGGAAUUUAAUCAUGCUGAAGAGUAUUUUAAAAUUAAGGAGAUGCUGAAACAGGACUCAAAGUAUGUGAAUGAGUACGUAGGUGAUGAAUGAAUGGGAUUUGGUAUGAGAUAGCAUAUGACUUUUAAAUAAAUUCCUGUAGAUAUUGGGAGAAUAGGUGAGGAUUAGAAUUAUAUGGUCUGAAAGCAAUAGAAAUUGAAAUGAGAAGUUCAACAGCUGAGCUGAGACGGGAAAGAAUGACAAGGAAGAACAUGAUCUGUCAGUGAAUCCAAGUCUGGGUGGGGAAGUAGCAGUGCCAGAAGUUACAGAGGGAUAGUCUAUGAGGCUUUCAUAUUAUAAAUUCCCCCCACGUAUAUACUUGCAAUUUCGCUGCUCUAUCUACAGGGCAAUGGGUCAUCCCUGCAGCAUAUGAUGCCAUCAGCAGAUUUUGGGGGGCAAGGGGAAGCAUAUUUUACCACGUGUGAAUACGUAUAGCUUUCAUUCCAUCAGGCUGGGAACCACUGGUUUUACUGAAUAGUAGGCAAUUAGAUCAGCUCAGUAUCAAAUAGCUGAUCAAGGUCACAAGCAGUCUGGUUCAGUUUGGGAUGGUAAUUUGAGAUUAAUGGGUAUAAAACAAAGCUGAUCAUGGAAAUUGAAGGAAAUCAGUUUAACCUUUCACAUAUUUGGAGCAAAUUUUGGUGUAUUUCAGUCUGGAUAUCACAGUGGCACAAAAGUGGAGCUGGAAUUGGGUGUCAAUAAUGUAAAAUGCAGAAAUCAACAUUGCAGCAUUGCUCAGGAACAAAACAUACAUGGCAAGCAGAUACUGACAAAGCUAAUCCUUUCACUGAUUCAGAAAGCAACCCUGUCUUUCAAUGAAGCCCUUUUAUGGAAUAUUUUACAGUAUUUCCUGUGUUCUAGAUCCAUGUGAUUACUUUCAAAGCAAAUCAAAUAACUUCUUCUGUAGGAUCCUAUGUAUAGGCAGUCUAUUCCCUUUGAGUGCAAAUGAAGAUGAAUAUCAGAAAUGGUUUCUGUGACUUUAAUUUGUUUUGAUUGUGUAUAUUUUUGUAAAGAUGAAAUGUCUUUUAAUGUAAAUUGAUGCAUAGACCUCUGUAUUCAACAAAAAAGCUGAUUUUUAAAGGGUAACAUCACCAUAUUAGAUUAGCCCCAGAAGAUGAUGAGACCUGGCCAGCAAUAUUUCUUUUAAAGGGAGAGAUCCCCAGCAGUACAGAACCUUUUAAAUGAUACAGAUCCUUCUUACCAGUAUUCCUGCCAAAGGGAGAGGCUCUCGCCUGUUUUAACUGCGUAAUUGAAGAGCUUUUUAUAUGCAUUUUAUUGAAUAUAUUUCUGCUUAUUUAGAAGUGAAUAUUUACAAAUGUACUUCCAUUGCUUAUGGAUACAAUCCCAGAGAGAAAAUGGACAGCAACACACAUCAAAGCUGCUGGUGAACGCAGCAGGCCAGGCAGCAAGUCUAGGAAGAGGUACAGUCGACGUUUCAGGCCGAGACCCUUCGUCAGGACUCCUAGGAAGAGGUACAGUCGACGUUUCAGGCCGCGACCCUUUGUCAGGACUCCUAGAGAUGCUGCUUGGCCUGCUGCGUUCACCAGCAACUUUGAUGUGUGUUGCUUGAAUUUCCAGCAUCUGCAGAAUUCCACGUGUUUGCGAAAAAAUGGACAGCAUGUGAACAAUAGAUGUACUCUCCUAGGUUGUUGAAAGUGUUGACUCUGUCAAUGCCUUCUCACUCAAUUGAUGAGGUCUUGCUGUUCAAAGCAGUUUUUUCAAAUAAUUUAAUGUUUCUUAAAACAAAUUCAUGACUUCUUUGAUAUUAUCUUUCCUCAGACAACAAUGUGGUGCAUGUCACCAGCUGCUGGCUGCUCUUUUGAUUAUCACUUGGAGGCCUGCUGUACCUUUAGAGCACGUUUGCUUUGUCCUCUCACCUUAAAAUGAACCCUUUAAUCGCUUGUCUUCACCAGCUAACAGUCCAUUUCACCAAUGGAUAUUGGAUUUCAACCCAGAAUAAUUGUAAAUUCCAUUUUUAUAUCAAGGAAUUUAAUUAAAUAUUAUUUAAAGAUUUAAUUUAACUUUAAAAAGAACUACGGGGAUCCAUUCAAAUUGCAAAUCAGCCAUUGCAAUAAGGCGUUAGCAACUUUAGUCAAGAAUGUUACAUGCUUAAAUGAAAUUCAAUUUUUAUUCUCAUAAAAUAUGAAGGUGAGAACCAUCUUAUCUUUGUAAUCAAUUCAGUGAAUCUACCUUAAAUCAGUCAUCAAAUAAGCUUUAGAUAAAGAGGUGUUACGGAAUUAAAAAUCAUGGCAGGAUUCAAAAGUCCAGGUUCACUUUUCCACCUGCCUGCUCUGAAAAUAGUAACUCUGGCAUUUUGCAUUAUUGUAACAAAUGUGCUGAAUGACCUUGCUACUUCUCAA